GGCGCGAGGGCUUGGGGGUGGGUGGCCGCUGGGUGCCUCUGGGCCAAGUUGGUGAAGGUCGUUUCUCCCUUGGUGGUGCUCCUUCUUCUUCCUCGUCAUGACGACGUCUCCCGACUACCUGGUGAUCUUGUUCGGGGCCACAGCGGGGGCCAAUGGGGCUAGGCUGGGAUCGGAUGAGCGGGAGUUGAUCCAGCUGCUGUGGAAAGUGGUGGAUCUGGCGAACAAGAAGGUGGGAAAUCUCCACGAAGUGCUGAUCAAACCUGACCUUUCGGAGCUGACGGAGGAAUGCCAAGAAGAAACCCAGAGUAUGUUGGACAGCUUGAUGCUGGCCCCGCAGCUGGAGCAAGCUCUGAGACAGUUUAACCAGUCUGUGAGCAAUGAACUAAAUAUUGGUGUGGGUACUUCAUUCUGUCUCUGCACUGAUGGGCAGCUUCAUAUCAGGCAGGUUCUACACCCCGAAGCAUCCAAAAAGAAUAUCUUGUUGCCAGAAUGUUUCUACUCAUUUUUUGAUCUACGAAAAGAAUUCAAGAAAUGUUGUCCGGGCUCACCUGAAAUCGACAAGUUGGAUGCUAAAGCCAUGGCAGAACAUCUGAAUCUUGACCGGAACAGUUCACCACAGCGUUUUGGUAUCUCUCAAGUUGAAGACAUGGGGAAUGUCAUCAUAACACUAAUUUCUGAACCACAUAAUCACAGAUUUUCAGAUCCCGAAAGAGUAAGCUACAAAUUUGAAAGUGGAACUUGCAGCAAGAUGGAACUUGUAGAUGACAACACCAUAAUCCGAGCAAGAGGUUUACCGUGGCAGUCAUCUGAUCAGGAUAUUGCUAGAUUCUUUAAAGGCCUAAACAUUGCUAAAGGCGGGGCUGCGCUUUGCCUUAAUGCCCAGGGCAGGAGGAACGGGGAGGCUCUUGUCAGGUUUGUAAGUGAAGAGCACAGAGAUUUAGCCCUGCAAAGACAUAAGCAUCACAUGGGGAAUCGGUACAUUGAGGUAUACAAAGCAACAGGGGAAGAUUUUCUCAAAAUUGCAGGAGGAACAUCCAACGAAGUAGCCCAGUUCUUGUCAAAAGAGAACCAAGUGAUUGUUCGGAUGCGGGGCCUUCCCUUCAACGUGACAACAGAAGAAGUGUUAGCAUUUUUUGGUCAGCAUUGUCCUGUGACUGGUGGAAAGGAAGGAAUCCUCUUUGUUACGUACCCUGACAAUCGGCCAACGGGGGAUGCAUUCGUGUUGUUUGCUUGUGAAGAAUACGCACAGAACGCAUUAAAAAAACACAAGGACUUGUUGGGUAAAAGGUAUAUAGAACUCUUCCGGAGCACAGCAGCUGAGGUACAGCAGGUGUUGAACAGGUACUCUUCUGCACCUCUCAUUCCUCUUCCGGCUCCGCCUAUCCUUCCUGUGCUACCUCAGCAAUAUGUACCUCCCACCAAUGUCAGGGACUGCAUACGACUACGUGGUCUUCCCUAUGCUGCCACUAUAGAGGACAUUUUGGGGUUCCUGGGGGAGUUUUCUGCAGAUAUCAGAACUCACGGGGUUCACAUGGUAUUAAAUCACCAGGGACGUCCAUCUGGAGAUGCCUUCAUCCAAAUGAAAUCUUCAGACAGAGCAUUUAUGGCUGCUCAGAAGUGCCAUAAGAAGACCAUGAAGGACAGAUACGUUGAAGUCUUUCAGUGUUCUGCCGAGGAGAUGAACUUUGUGUUAAUGGGGGGCACUUUAAAUCGAAAUGGCUUAUCCCCGCCACCAUGUAAGUUACCAUGUAUUUCUCCACCCUCGUACACAUUUCCAGCCCCUGCAGCUGUGAUCCCAACAGAAGCCGCCCUGUACCAACCCUCUGUGCUCCUCAAUCCACGAACGCUCCAGGCCUCCACAGCAUACUAUCCUGCGGGCACUCAGCUCUUCAUGAACUACACAGCAUACUACCCCAGUAUGCAGCAAAGAAUGGAUCUGGUCACACAGAUGAGUCGGCCAGGUCAGUGCCCAAAGAAUGGAUUUGUCUUUAAAGGUCCGAGCAGUUAGACUUUCUUAACAAAGAUUCUUCCUGACUUCCUGAACAAUCUCAACCAGCCAAAAUGGAGUCCCUUCUGUCUACACUCCCAACUGCAACCAUCUAGUGCAAGAAAAUUUGCCACUGUUGUGGACAUCUGCCGGUGUCUUUAAGAAAAAAUAGCAAAUGCAUGCACACUUGACUCACUCCACUUAUGCAAGCUUGCCAUUAAAGAUGUUUAAACUGUUACCACAUAGGAGCACAACUGCCAAAUGCACAAGAAAGGGCUGGGUCCCUCUGCACCCUCAGGUACUUGAAAUGUUAGCAUAUUCUCCCAUCACUAAAAGAAUGAGGACUGGAGAUCAAGACACCACAAAAUUGUUAGAACAGCAUGCUAAGGCAAACCGCUGUCGUCUUCUUUUCUUUAUUUGCGCACAUAUGAAUUAACUUUUUAUGAAACAAUAAGGGCUUUAGUACCCUUCAGCUUUUUAUUAAAAAAAGUUUGCUUGUUUUGUAUAUAUUUGUUUAGAAAGUAUUCCGAUUCAAGACUGGCUUACUGGACAGUGCAGAAAUGGUUCAGAAUGAAAAAAAAAUAGAAUGCUUUGCAGAAAAACCUUGUAACAUUUUGUAAAGAGAAAUUAUAUAUAUGUAUGAAAAUAGUGCUCUAAACUUGUAUAUUGCAUAUAUGACUACUGUGUAUUUAAAUAACUCGUAGCUGAGUCUAAUGAGGGGGUUGUCAUUGUGCACAAGACAGAUGUACAAAACCUCCAGUUCUGCUCUUUCACAACACAGAGCUGUUGCUUGUAAAAAGUUCAUAUUAAAUUCUGGUGGGGAGAAAUCACUGAUGUACAAUAUUUGCCCACAGCAGCUUUGGCUGUGGUAGAAGUAAUUACAAUGAAGGGCCUUAGGCUCCAUUUAAGAUUUCUGGGCAUCUAUAGGCCAGGGACCCUCUUUUUAACGUUUAGUACUUGGUUCUUCUGCUGAGAUCAAGAACGUUAUCAAAAGCAUAACAGUUUUCCUAGGAAAAUAACUAUUAUCACUACUGUAGAAUCGUUUUGAGCUACUCUACAUGGAUUCCAUACCAACCUGCUAUGUGGAUGCUCUGCUCCUUGACUUCUCAAUUUCUGCUGCAUUCACGUCUUCCACAGGUAUUAAACUGUUUUAAAUCCA